AUGGAUCAACAAGAGCAUGGACAGUCCGGAGCCAUGAACUACGGCACAAACCCAUACCAAACCAAUCCGAUGACAACCAGCGUCGCCGGGAGCGUGGGCCCCGCAGCACCACCGGGACAGCUGGCGUUCCACCAGAUCCAUCAGCAGCAGCAGCAGCAGCAGCUGGCUCAGCAGCUUCAAGCCUUCUGGGAGAACCAGUUCAAAGAGAUUGAGAAAACAACCGACUUCAAGAACCACAGCCUUCCGCUAGCGAGGAUCAAGAAAAUCAUGAAAGCGGACGAGGAUGUCCGUAUGAUCUCGGCGGAGGCGCCUGUCGUGUUCGCAAGGGCCUGCGAGAUGUUCAUACUGGAGCUGACGCUCAGGUCGUGGAACCACACGGAGGAGAACAAGAGGAGGACGCUGCAGAAGAACGACAUAGCCGCUGCUGUGACUAGAACCGACAUCUUUGAUUUCCUCGUGGAUAUCGUUCCCCGGGAGGAUCUCAGGGACGAGGUCUUGGGAAGCAUACCGAGAGGAACCGUCCCUGAGGCUGCUGCUGCUGGUUACCCCUAUGGAUACUUGCCUGCGGGAACUGCUCCAAUAGGAAACCCGGGAAUGGUUAUGGGUAACCCGGGCGGUGCAUACCCACCUAAUCCCUAUAUGGGUCAACCGAUGUGGCAGCAACAGGGCCCUGACCAACCUGACCCGGAGAAUUAG